UUGUUCGAUUUGAGAAGGGCGUUCCUCCCUCGCCGCUUUUGCCCGUCACGGGCCAUAGACCGGUGCACCACGGCUUAGGUUAAUAGAACUCCCUCACUUGCAGUCCGAUUGCCCGCAUGUAAACAUGGCUUUAACGCCUAUGUAAACAGAGCACAGGGCUCCUCGUUUUGGAUAUUCAACAAGUCAGGCAUGUCUCUCGAAGGUGUAUAGGAGUUUUAGACAUUAGUAGUGCAGUAAAUUAUUUAGCAAUAUGUCUAUGGAAGAUCCGUUCUUCGUCGUCAAAGGUGAGGUCCAGAAGGCGGUGAACACUGCUCAAGAGCUGUACCAUAGAUGGAGCGAGCUGCUGCUGGAUCCCAGUGGUGCUUCCAAGGAGGAGGUGGAUUGGACCACCAAUGAGUUGAGAAACAGUCUGCGGUCCAUCGACUGGGACCUGGAAGAUCUCGAUGAGACCAUCAGUAUUGUUGAAUCGAACCCUAAGAAGUUCAAUCUGGACACAGUGGAGCUGUCCAAACGGAAAGGCUUCAUCACAAGCACCAGACAAACUGUUAAGGAAAUGAAAGACCACAUGUCCAGUCCGACAGCCUUAGCCAUGUCCGACAAGAAAAACAGACAGGCUCUGUUAGGGGACAGUGGGUCUCAAGGCCCAAUCUGGCAACCGGGACUCGACAAAUACACCCGCCUGGACCAAGAGCUACAGACGGCCAACUCCCAGUUCAUCGAGGAGCAGCAAACCCAGCAGCAGCUCAUGGCAGAGCAGCAGGAUGACCAGCUGGAGCUGGUGUCUGGGUCCAUCGGGGUGCUGAAGAACAUGUCUGAGAGGAUUGGCAUGGAGUUGGACGAACAGACAGUUAUGCUGGAUGACUUCUCCCAUGAGAUGGAAAGUACCCACUCCAGACUGGACAACGUCAUGAAGAAGCUGGCCAAGGUCUCCAACAUGACCACUGACCGGCGACAGUGGUGUGCUAUUGGUAUUCUACUGGCCAUUCUGUUUGUGGUCGUCAUUCUCUUCUUCAUCCUGUGAUGACCAGACCGUCCACCACGACACACUCCCACUGACCCCCCUCACCCCUGUCUCCGUUUGACCAUAGGGAUGGACUUUACAUGGUGUUGGGGAAACAUCCAAGGUUUCCAUUGACAUAGGGAGAUGGCUAUCUAACUCCGACCCCCUUUUUACUUCAUACGCUGUAUAUACAGUGAUGCUUCUGUGGCUGCUGCAGUUUUCUCUCAAGCAACGUUCUCAAUCGUCGUCUCAGAUACCUCCAUUCAACUUAAACCUCCCUUGGCGUGAAAGAUUUAGUUUCUGUGCAUGCGCAAUUUUAGGUAGGAUGUGAACACUAAUCCUGAAAAUGUUUUACAGAAACCUGUUUGAGGUAAACCAGGGUAGUUCAAACUCCUUGUGGCAUUUUAGUGUUAAUAUUGCGAAUAUUAUGUAUGAAGAAGACUAAUCAUUAGUGUAUUUAGAGGGCCUUGUCUGUCGUUUCUCACUGAAAACCCCUACGGCUACCAUGGUCAAAGUUUUUUUUUAAAUAUAUUUUGUUUUGUCGUGCACUGACUGUGUAACAGGUUUAUACAAGUAUAUUAAACUUUAUAUAUAUAUAAUCGUAGUUGGUCAUAGUUAAAACAAAACACUGAUGUAACAAGGAAAAUGAUAUAUAUUGCUAAGCGGGUAGACGUAUCACUAACCACACUAAAAUGGAUGAACUUAAUGUUAUUGUUUUUAAUUCAUUUAUGUUCUUUCAUUUUGUACUUAAAUGUAUUUUUGGUAUUUGCUUAUACACUAUCAACAGGUGUUUAACACCCGCCUGUGAAAUCAAGUCACUUCCUGCAAUACUGAAUGGAAAGGAGCAAAACCAUAUACUUUUGUAUCUCGAACCGGGCUCAAGCUUGAUUUUAAUGUCUCAAUAUGAGCACUCUAAUUUUGUGCGAAAAAGUUUUCCUCAAGAUGUCCUUUGCGUGCAUGUCUUCAUAUGUCUGGUGUCUUUCAGCCAGUGUUUCAGCCCUUCUAAAGACUUCAUAACAUGCUUAUAAUCAGUAUCUGAUACGCCCCGCAGGCACUUCAUAAAUUCAAUUCAAUUGGCAAGCUAGUGUCAACAGACCUUAAGUUGUUUAUCUAAGCUACUAAGCAUCAUGCAUUUGUUUUUGAAUGUGUUAUGCAGUUUUUACAAGACCCUUAUACCAAAGUGUUAAGUGUUCAAAUGAAAUGCUAAUUGAGAAGCCUGACCUGCUUUCCCCCUGCCAGGAAUUAGUGUUAAGGUUUAUCAGUGUUACAUGAACAUGAUGUUGGAAUAAGGGGAAGGGACUGACUGAGUCACACCUGGGCUGUAUUCAUUAGGGCACACCGUAGCAAAACAUUUUGCAAGAAAAUAGUGUUUCUUAUUGGAGAUGUUCAAGGUAGUCCCUGUUUAAGUCAGUUUUCUGUUUGUUGUGUAAUGAAUAUGGCCCUGGUAGUUGCUGUGCUCUGCAUAGCCAGUGCCUUAGGCUGAUACUGUAUGUAUGUUAUGCUGGGUCGAGAAUGGUUCAUUUUGGUCUCGCUUCCCAGUUCCUGCCCCCUACCUUGAAAUUAAAUUUCAAAACGGUAACCAGAGUUCCAGGAUGAGUCGUAAGUCAAGGGUUGACUGAAUAUGCAGGCAUGUUUUUUUCUUCUGUUUUCAGUGUGUUUCUAUUCAGUUCAAGGAGAAUGAUACUGUUGUGUUAGCCUGGUUACCAGUCUGUUUAGCUAACGUUCCACUCCUUGUACUCUGUGUCAUAUGCCAAAGAUGUAUGUUUAGCAUGACAGGAGUGGAAAAAUGACCAAACAGACUGGUGUUAUGUUAAUUGUCGUAGAAACCUGGUUACAGACUUUGAUUCAAUAGGUCUCCACUCGUUUGAGGACUUUUUUAUUUUACCUUGAUUUAACCAGGCAAGUCAGUUAAGAACAAAUUCUUAUUUUCAAUGACGGCCUGGGAACAGUGGGUUAACUGCCUGUUCAGGGGCAGAACGACAGAUUUGUACCUUGUCAGCUCGGGGGUUUGAACUCGCAACCUUCCGGUUACUAGUCCAACGCUCUAACCACUAGGCUACCCUGCCGCCGACUUAAUGUGAACAUAACACAUUAAUUCACUAUUUUAGGUUGAAUGUCAUAUCAAUCAAUCAAAUCAAGACAGUAAAACCAUACGUAAGAGGAAUAAGGGUAUUGUGAUUGUACUACUGUAUGAAAUAUAAUGGACACUAGUGAUCAGGGUUUUCUCUAUGGCAUUCUAAUUCUGAUCGUUUUUCACGAAUCGGUCUUGACUGAUCAGAUGAUUUUUGGAAAAGGAUCUAAUGUGAGUGGUCAAAGACCAAUUGGUAGAGCAAAAAAUCUUAACUGGACUGCCUGUGUAAACGCAACCUGUGAGUCUCAAAAGUUCUGAAAACACUCCUUUCAAAGGUCUUAUAAAGUUAGAAAAAUAUAUUGUAUGUGUAUGGUUUGUCUUUUAUGAGUUAACACUACACGUUCACUGUACGAGAAAUACAGUAUUUCAUUAGAGUGUGUCAUUAGAGGUAGAAAACAUUUUAACAAUUUGUUUCUCAGUUUACUUAAAUGUUUUCAUUUUUUCACUUAUUGGAAGUGUUUUGUCUGGUAGGAAGAGUUUUACUUGGGAGUUUACAAUAUUUGCAUUUAUUUCAGAUUAUGGACAAUUUGAAGCAUGAUGGUGACCUAGACAAUUAUGUACCAUCUCAAAAUCACUUGUGUUUGUCACAAAAACAAAGUGUGUGUAAACUUUGCGAAUCAUUUUGCAAUGCUGUAUUACGAUACAAAGUACCUUUAGCAUUAAAUACUGUACUUAUUGCGCAAACCAAGUCACUGGUGACAGGUGGACGAGUUGUUUGUGGAGAAUGGGUACAGUCCAUGGCAUUGUAAGUCAUGGUGUGUUUUUGUUUGUGUGAAACUGUGUGUUCAUGCUCCUGGAGUGUGUGAAAAUACUUUUUACCCUUGAACUGUUCCCCUUGACCUCCAUGUCAUCAUGGCUGAGCAUAUGUAGCUGAAGAGUCCUGAAAAUAAAAGGAUGCUGCAAAGAUUCACUCUGUUUCAGCUCAUUCCAAUAAAAUGUGAUCAAUUUG